AUGUCAUCGCCGUCAAUCCAAAUCAUAGAGUUGUUAUUUGAAUUCCGUUUGAUUUUGCUCCCUGUAGCUGGGGCGGGUUGGGCAAAAUUGGCAAUGCGUCGCGGUCCUGCUGAGGCGGAGCGUUCGUCUUCGAGUAGUGAAGGGGCUGAAGCUUGGGGAUGGAGGGGCAGGGACGCCCAUGGGCAUAGACGAUGCCCUUUACCCAGUGACUCGACGACAUCAACCACUAUAGACACGGCCACUUCAACUUCGCGGACGUCUCUCACUUCUUCGAUUUCUAGGUUUCGUUUGGACUUCGAGCAGUUUAAAUGCAAAGCUCGCAUCUUUGGCGAGUCGAUGAGCUUAUGUCAAUGCAUUGCAGACGACUUUAAUAAGCGCCUUGGCUUUAUGGAGAAACGCCUCGUUAAUCUAGAGCAACGACAAAGGCUUACUGUAAGUACUGUGUAG